UCGAUUCGCAGUUCCGGGGCGGCCGAGGAUCUCGGUGCUCUCCGGGUCCAGCGCGGCCCUCCCUGCAGCCUCAGCCCCGGCCCUCGGAGCCGCGCAUGGACUUUCUGCCGCUCCUGCUGCUCUACCUGUGCCUCGUGCUCGCCGUCGCCGUGCUGUACUGCAGCCACGCGGGGAGUGGGGGCGGCCGCCUGGGCAGGGCAGCCCGCAGCGCCGGCCAGGUACUGUCAUUAGUAAUCCCCACUCGGCUCCAGAGUGUGACACAGGAGGUGCUCCUCAGGCUCUUUCACACACGAAACUAUUUGUUUGUUGUCCUGCACAUAGCCUUGCAAGCAGCAGUUUAUGCUGAAUACACAUGGGAAGUGUUUGUUUACUGCUGGGAACUGGAGUUCCACCUUGUGCUGCUGCUGCUGCCCUACCUGCUGCUGCUUGGGAACAUGGGCUGCUUCAUUCUGUGCUCCUGUGCCAAUCCUGGUAUAAUAACAAAAUCAAAUCAUGCAUCACUGAUGAAGACUUAUGCAUAUGAUGGUGUGUUAUUUCAGAAAGGCAUUGUGUGUGCUACAUGCAACAUGGAAAAGCCAGCCAGAUCAAAACAUUGCAGUUUCUGUAAUACCUGUGUGCACCGUUUUGAUCACCACUGUGUAUGGGUCAACAACUGCAUCGGUGCCUUCAAUGCAAAGUAUUUCUUCCUCUACCUCUUCACACUGACUGUGAUGGCUGCGACCAUUGCAAUCAUCACUACAGCAUUUCUCAUCCAAGUGGUGCUGCUGUCAAAUAUGAUGCACGGGAGUUACAUUGAUGACCAAGGACAGCAGCACGCUGUUGAGAUUUUCUUUCUCAUCCAGCACCUUUUCUUGACUUUUCCUAGGAUUGUCUUCAUGCUUGGUUUUGUUAUUCUUCUCACACUUAUACUGGGUGCAUACUUCUGUUUCAACCUAUACUUGGCCUUAACCAACCAAACUUUCAAUGAAUGGUACAAAUUCAGAAGAAACAGGCAUUCCCAUCAUCGAACACUGCAGCCUUGUGACAGAAAAGUUGUCUACAAAAACACUUAUGCUAAAGGAGUCUGGAUGAACUUAAAGGAAAUCUUUAAGUCUCCUGCAGUGCUGGAAAGAAAGAAGAAAAAAUGAAGAUAAAACUCUUUAUUGCGUUGUUAUUUUUUUACUUUUUGUAAAAUGUGCUUUGAUACCACGGGGAACUUUGUUCAGAUAAGAAAAAAAAACCAACUUCAAUUAGUUGGAAACUUCUCACGUGAUCAGUCUUCCAGAAGGAAAAAGCUGAAGGUCCUGCAAGUUUGUCUGUAACACUGCUCAGAUCAGCUGUGAAAGCAACGUGUUUUUGUCUUCUCAGACACAUCUGCAGUCCAGAAGGUUGCUGUACUCGAGUUAGGUUCAGCUAAGGUACAUCAUGUACACAGAAAAUGACUUUAUAUAUAUGGUUACUGUUUGUAUGCUGCAAAAUAUAUUCCAUGGUAUUACUGGCAAAUGGAGCUCCUGAGUUACUUUAGUGUAUCUUAUGUACAUCUUCCUGCAGGAGGCCUUAGAGGAACUUAGCAGUGCCAUGCAUGUGGAAGAGGUAAACGUCUGCACUGAUUUGUCUGUUACUUACACUGUGUUUGCCCUGCAGAGAGAUCACAGCUGACAGCAAUAUUCUAAUUAACAGUACCUCAGCAGAACUCUAUUUUAAAGUUACUCAGUGAGAAGCUGUUAGAAGUCCUGGUAACAAACUUGCUGACAGGAGGUGCAAGUGUGGACCAACAGACUGCAGUGAAUCUCUCCAUGCAGGAACAAGGGGAGAGCUAACAAAGAGCUGCUGUGAGCUCUGAGGAAGCUUCAUCUUUUUGACAACAAGGCUGCUUGCUCGCUUCUUACCUCAAUGAUGUAUUCCUGAGUGUCUGCCACCACUGAAGAAAACUCUACCAAAACAGUAUGAGGAUCUUCAGAGAUGACUGUUGCAGCUAAAUUGUCAGCUGACUGGCUUUCCUCAGACACCAUCACUUCCUCCACCUCUUUCAAAGCCAGAAGGCAGCCACCUGAGUGGAAUUCCAAAAAUGCCGUAAAAAGACAAUUUACAUAACCAACACAAAUAUGGGGAUACCUGGCAAAUGCUAUGCAAUACUAAUGAGACCCCUUUAACAGGAUACCACUGACAAAUGGCCAGCAAUCAGCAGGCUUUAAUCCCACCAAGCCAAUUAAUGAUUUAGAAGAGGUCCAUGCUUCAUUACUGAUUAAUGUAGAUUGGGAAAUAACAAAAAACCAACAAGUCUGCAUCCCCUCUUUUGAUGCAACAGAGAUGCAGAUAAAUAAAUGGCCUUUGAUGAAGAUCAUUAGAACCACUCUGAAUGUUUUGCACCCAGAACAAUCAUCAUCAUUCUGCCAAGAAUCAGCUCAUCCAAACCUGAUCCCAGAAGAAACGUGCAUCUGCCCUCACUGCAACAGAGAUAAACCUGGCCAUCCCACCUUUGGUCUUUAAGUGCCUGUUGAGCGUGCCGUGCUCUGCGAAGCCUCGCCCGCACUUGUAACACUUGAAAGGCUUUUCCCCCGUGUGAUGGCGGAUGUGGCGGACCAGGGAGCCCUUUUCCCUAAAGCCCCGGCUGCAGUACUGGCACACGUAAGGCUUGUCCUCCAGAUGCGUACGGAAGUGAACUUGCUGAGCGUUCUGUAGAGAGAGAAGUACCAGUUAAAGGGAAUGCCUAAAUCAAGCAAGCAGUGUUUUAGCUUUCAACGUGAAAGUCAGCGUGUUUGAGGACUUCUCACCUAAGGCACGAUAAAGAUGUUUGUAUUAUUUGUUUUCAUACGUGAAGGAACAGUUUCCUCAGAACUAGGAAUUAAGACUGCCUUUCUUGUCCCUACUGAUACAAAAGUGUCUUCUGCUCUUGUAAGAGGAGAGGAGCUGGCAUUUGUUUGUUCAGCAGUGAAGCCUCCUAGCUUAUCCCAAACCCAAGCUCUGGGAAGGAAACUCUCAGGGCGAGCCUGACACAAGGCAGACACACCUUGGUUUUGUACCGCUUGCCACACUUUGGACAGGAAUACGGUCUCUCAUCAGAAUGCACCCUUCGAUGCCCCUUGACGUGUGCAAUAGUCUUGUAGAGCUUGCCACACUCUCCGCAGCGGAAACGCCGUUCGUUGACGUGCACCUCCUGGUGCUUUUUUAACAGGUAGCCCUUAGUGAACUCUUUGCCGCAUUCUUCGCACUUAAAAGGCUUGUAAUCUAGAGAGAGAAAAGCAUUUCUGUCAUUAACAGUCAUUAAUCUGUCAUUACUUUUCACAAAACUCUAUUUCUGCAGAUGCCAGGCAGGUCCGGAAGCAUGGAGCCUUUUUGUUAAGCUCUAGAACAAAGUGUAAAAGAAUAACAAAAACCAUUGCUCUGAA